GUGGAGACGAGAGUGAUAAUAAGUCUUCCAAGACUCGUGAAGAAGAAAGAGAGAUCAGAGAUUGAGAAAGAAUGGUGAAAUCGACAAGUAAGGAUGCGCAGGAUCUAUUCCGUUCUCUUCACUCCGCUUACUCCGCUACUCCCACUAAUCUCAAGAUCAUCGACUUGUAUGUUGUUUUCGCUGUCUUCACUGCUCUGAUUCAGGUGGCUUAUAUGGCUUUGGUGGGAUCAUUUCCGUUUAAUUCAUUCCUGUCUGGAGUGCUCUCUUGUGUUGGGACGGCUGUUCUUGCUGUUUGCCUCCGGAUUCAAGUUAACAAAGAAAACAAGGAAUUCAAGGAUUUGGCACCGGAACGAGCAUUUGCAGAUUUUGUACUCUGCAACUUGGUCCUCCACUUGGUGAUCAUCAACUUCCUCGGAUAGGUUCUCCUCUCCUAUCACACCGAGGUUGCUUUCAUGUUAUGGAGUUUCUUAGUUGUCACUUGGAAUCAGAACUUAUAGUUUUGAGAUAAUUUUGUACUGUAUUUGUCAAAAGAAUCAAACCUUUUCGGCUCUCCAAUAAAACACUGUUUCGUGCACUAA